CUAUCAGAGAGAAAUGAAGAAACAAAACAUAAACCUACCAGCCUUGGUCAUCUUUGCUUUUCUGCUGCAGAGCACCGUUGCUGAGGACGAUGAUGGGUACCCAAAGCUUUCCAACAAGGUUAUGAACAUCACCGUGACCACGCUAAGAGCAACGCAGCCUCCCUCGAUAAAGGAAGAGUUCAUAAGCAUCCUUGCUGAGGAAGAAGAUGCUAACCCAAAUCAUAGAGUUCGACUCAAUGACACCGACAAUGUGUCCCUGAAAUGGGUGAACUGGUCUGGCUCUCUGCCUCAGUGGGCUGUGAAGGUUUACAUCAAUGGAACAGGACGAGAGGACUACAUUUGUGCUCCCCAUACUAGAUGUUACUGGUCCAGUGGCUACUACAACCCCACCUUAGGCCCAUUCUGCUUCAACCCCUUCCAUGGGAAGGAGGCAAAAUCCUCCAAAUUUGACAUACUGGUUAACGAGCAAAACCUGGAGCUGUUGGAGUGGAAGGCUUUCGAUGGCAAUUUCAAGAACAUGGUCACUUCGUCUCCAACUGGUUAUAUAGUGAAUGUUGGGAAGAGUAUUUUCGGUAUUGGGGCAAUCGCUACAGGAUCUUAUGUUGUAUUAGACGAUGUUACUAUUCAGUUUUCUCCACACAGGCACAUAUUUUACCUUCCCUCAGGGACAGAAACAAGGCAUUUGGAAGGCUUCGAUGUCCUGACAUUGGAAACAGGGCAGUACGAGCAGCGGAUCCAUGACAUUGAGUCUCACCGUGUUCGAUAA